AUGCGGGGCUCCGUCCCACAAACUGUGAGAUCAUGACCCGAGCCGAAAUCAAGAAUUGGAUGCUUAACCGACUGAGCCACCCAGGCGCCCCUGAAUGAGUGAUUCUUGAAAAGGUUGAAACUGUUGGCAUGGAGGCAUCCAUGGCUGCCUACAUCCAUCAAUGUCACUGUCAAACAGAAGGUUCAGCCGUGUGUAUCACGCGUACCACAUUGCAUUGCAAGGUCCGUCUUUGUUCUUCUCUCACGGACAAGGACUCCUGUGACAGAGGGAAAGCUGGGCUGGGGCUAAAGGGCCACGCUGGCGCUGCUCUGGGCGUCCUCCACUGUGAGCACUGCUCGCUGUUCACUUGGGUGCCAGGCCCUGAGCUGUGCACUUUAUAUUCGUCAUUGCAUUUAAUCUUACACCAGCUUACGAAAUAGAUCUUCUGAGUACCUUUUGCAGGUGAGUCAUCUGAGGCUUAGAGAAGUUAAAUGACUCGCCAACCGUCACCCAGCUACCAACAUCAGAGCUGCAACCCAUGUCCAAGUCUGUUGGGCACCAAAGCACUUCUAACAUUCCCCAGGCCUGCCCUUGGUGCAGCCUUCUCAGGGAGAGGACUGAAGAUAGAUGCCUGGGGGCGUCCGGUUUAACGAAGCAGACGUGCUCGCCCCUGCUCUGGGCCUCGGUGCCCCAGCAAUCUCAGACCCACUGCUGGAGAGGAGUCAUCUGGGCCGGGGCCAGGGUUUUGUCUGAACGGGAACAGUUUGUCCCCCUGGAGACCAAUCUUGCGUCUGAUUGUGAUUGCAGGGCAGAGUGCUGGGUGGGGCAGUGGCCAGGCCAGGAUGGUGAGCUGUGGGCUCUUUGUGGGCCACAAGCCUUCUGACCCCUCCAAGGGAGAGGACACUGAGGCCUGAGCAUUGUGCCUGAGUUCUCAAGGCUAGUGAGAGUGGGUUAAGGAGGAGAAGGCCAGUCCCACCCACCCCCCCCGCCACACACACACACAACCAACCAAGUGCUCUAUCAGCCCUUCUACCUCCUGUCCCCUGUCCUCCUCACUCCCACACCCACCCCUUGGAGGGCUGAGGAGUUUCCUUGAUACCUGGCCUGCUCGUUACUUUUUCCAGAACGACCACCUGCAGCCCAGUCCCAGGCCUCAUGGUCUGAGGCCUCCAGCCCAGGGUGAACCAUACUGGAUCCGACAUCCUGGGGAAGCGGCUGGCAGGGGCCUGGCCAGGCUGAAAUGGAAGAGACGGAAACAGUGCCGGGACCCCUCCUCCCUCAUAGGAUUCCCAGGUCCCUGGAGGGAGAGGGCUCUGUCUGCUCAGGAGCUGGGCUGGGUGGAUGGGGGGUGGAAGAGGAGGUGGGCCAGGCUGGAUCUAGGCCAGGAAGGGGCUCAGCCAGGGCUCUGUUGGGUAUUCUCCCAGCUCACCCCCCACCUGCCGCCUCUGCUUUCCCAAGACUGGCCUUGCAGGGCUGCUGGGCCCUCUGGAGAUGCAAAGGCCAAGCACAACUGACUGGCGCCCUCUAGUGUCCGCCUGGCAACGCCCGGGUGGCUCUCUGGGGAACAGGUGCAUCACACAGCUCCCAGGCGCCAGGCCAGGGAGAGUCCCCCAAACCCAUCAUUUAUCUCCUCAUCAGGUCACUUCUGAGAGUGAGAGGUGGCUCUGUUGAUGGUGAUACUGGGACAACAGACAUAUAACGGGACUGUCCGGGGCAAGUCAGGGCAUCUGGUCACCCCACCCAGGUUGGAUUCGCCCCCUCCCCACAGGAGCCACCAGAAUCAUCUGCGGGAGCCACCCCACUAAGUAAAUGAGAAUGCGUGUGAAGCCCUUAGCACGAGGCCCAGGAGCGUAGGCAAUCAACGAACAUGUGAUCAAUAAAUAACUAUUAGCUACACUUGGCGGUAAUAACCGUCUGUUUGGUGGAGCUCUGGCGCCCAUUUCCAGAGCGGCAGGCAGGGAAAGCUGUGUCCCAAGCUCCAUCUGAAGCCAGAAGUCUUACUGUGGAGUCCGGAAGGAAAACCGUCCCUCCCGCAAGAGAAGGACAUUUUGACCCAGUGCGUCUUCCCACCGGUUUUGCAGAUGGGCCCUCCCUCUUCCCACCUGUCCUGCUUGCACCAGCUUUAGAGAUGACUUCGGCUCGGCUGCACGCCCUCGGUGACUAACACAGGCAGCUGGCCACUGCACCCUUUCAAAGGUGAACACAGUAAAAUUUAUGACAGGUGUACUAUCAGACAACAGAGGAGAAUAAAAGCAGGAGGAAGUGUGGCAGCCUCCACCUGUGCAAACCAUUCAUCCAAGGCUGGGACACCUGGACGUUUCUGGCAUGGGACUGCAGCCACGCAUCUUCCUCCUGGGGCUGCUGUUGCUUCUGGGGCAAGGGCUCACCCAGGCCACGACCUCUCCUGGCGAGAACACACUGGAAAAGCAACUAUCACCAGAGGCCCUGAAGAGCUUUGCAUUCUCAUGCAACCCAAAGAAGUCAGGAUCCAGUGUGCCUCCAAAGUCAGUCCACUCUGUGAGACCUUCUGAUAUAAAAUUUGUGGCAGCCCUGGGCUACGUGGAACCUCCUCCAGACUCUGGGACCGUUGACCUGGAGAAGCAAAAAUGGACGGACAGAAGGCCACAGCAGGCAUGCAUGGAAGUGGUGACAGUCCUUUCAGACAUCAUCAGAUAUUUCAACCCUUCUGUUCUGAGGCCUUUGUGCGCCCCUGGGAAGACAGUGGUGGCCCACACUGGUGCUCAAGACUUACGGGCAGAAGCGGAAGGACUGGUGCGGAGCAUGAGGGAGAACCAGAAACUUGACUUUCAAAAUGACUGGAAGCUCAUCAAUGUGUUCUUCAGUAACACAAGCCAGGGUCACCUCUGUCCCUUCACCCAACAGCACAGGCACGCGGCGGGAGGUCUGCUCAAGCUAGCUGGAGUGCUGGACUACCUGCACCAGGAGGUCCCCAAAGCGUUUGUGAACCUGGUGGAUCUCUCUGAGGCUCUGGUGGUUUCUCACUGGCACCAAGGGACUCAGCUCAGCCUCGCAGAAGAGCCCUGCAGAUACUCAGGGGAGACCUUGAAGCUUUCUGAGGUUGUGACACAGUGGUCCUAUCAGGAGAGCUGGGACCGUCUCCUGGCCUCCAGCAAGUACAACAAGGAGGAGUCCUUCGCAGUGGUUUUCCAGCCUUUCUUCUACCAGACCCUACCCUUGGGGGAACAACCACUCCAGGAUCCCAGCACACUCGCCUUGAAUCUCUGGAGCAGCAUGAUGGAGCCAGCAGGACAGAAAGAUGAGCCAUUCAGUGCACGAGAGGGAAGUCCGGUGAAAUGUCCCUCUCAGGAGAAUCCCUUUCUGUUCACCUACAAGAACAGCAACUACCUGCCCAGGCUGCUAAAAUCUCCUGAGGAGCUUGAGGUGACAGAUGCAAUGGAGAUCAGGUGCCCUGACAAGGACCCCUCCAACACGAUUCCCACUUCAGUUCACAGGCUGAAGCUGGCUGACAUCAAGGUAAUCGCAGCCCUGGGGGACUCUCUCACGGCAGGUAAUGGGGCUGGAUCAAAGCCUGGGGACAUCUUGGAUGUCUUGACUCAGUAUCGAGGCCUGUCCUGGAGUGUCGGCGGCGAUCACAACCUCAGCAGCGUCACCACCCUCGCAAACAUCUUCCGCGAAUUCAAUCCUAACCUGAGGGGCUUCUCUAUUGGUACCGGGAAAGAAAACAGUGCUGGAGCGUUCCUAAAUCAGGCUGUGGCAGGAGCCCGAGCUGAGGAUUUACCUGUUCAGGCCAGGAGGCUGGUGGACCUGAUGAAGAAUGACACGAAGAUAAAUUUUCAGGAAGAUUGGAAGAUAAUAACCCUGUUUAUAGGAGGCAACGAUCUCUGUGAAUUCUGCAGUGACCUGGUCCACUAUUCUCCCCAGAACUUCACGGACAACAUCAGGAAGGCUCUGGACAUCCUCCAUGCUGAGGUUCCUCGGGCAUUUGUGAACCUGGUAAAUGUUCUGGAGAUCAUCAACCUGAGGGAGCUGUAUCAGGAGAAGAAAGUCAGCUGCCCAAGGCUGAUCCUUAGGAAUCUGUGCUCCUGUGUCCUGAAGUUUGAUGAUAACUCACCAGAACUUGCCUCCCUCAUCGAAGUCAAUAAGAAAUACCAGGAGGGGACUCACCAGCUGGUUGAAAAUGGGCGAUACGACACAAGGGAGGACUUCACGGUGGUCGUGCAGCCAUUUUUUGAAAAAGUGGACAUGCCAAAGACCUCGGCGGGGCUGCCCGACAGCUCUUUCUUCGCUCCUGACUGUUUCCACUUCAGCAGGAAAGCUCACGCUCACGCGGCCAGUGCCCUCUGGAACAACAUGCUGGAACCUGUUGGCCAGAAGACAACGCAGCAUAAUUUUGAACACAAGAUCAAUAUCACAUGUCCGACCCAGUUCUGGCCGUUUCUGAGAACCUACAAGAACAGCGUGCAGGGUCAUGGGAGCCAGCUGCUGUGCAGGGACAGAGCUCCUUCUGCCUCACCGCCCACCUCAGUGCACACCCUGAGACCGGCAGAUAUCCAAGUUGUGGCUGCACUGGGGGAUUCUCUGACCGCCGGCAAUGGAAUUGGCUCCAAACCAGAUGACCUUUCUGACAUCACCACUCAGUAUCGGGGGCUGUCAUACAGUUCGGGAGGGGAUGGCUCCCUUGAGACCGUGACCACCUUACCAAAUAUCCUUCGGAAGUUUAACAGAAAUCUCAGAGGCUACGCGGUGGGCACGGGUGACGCCAAUGGCACAAAUGCCUUCCUUAAUCAGGCUGUUCCUGGAGCAAAGGCUGGGGAACUUAUGAGCCAAGUCCAGACUCUGGUGCAGAGGAUGAAAGAUGACCAUAGAGUGAAUUUCCACAAGGACUGGAAGAUUAUCACGGUGCUGAUUGGAGGCAGCGAUUUAUGUGACUACUGCACGGAUUCGAAUCUGUAUUCUGCAGCCAAGUUUUUUGACCAUCUCCGCAAUGCCUUGGACAUCCUGCAUAGAGAGGUGCCCAGAGCCCUGGUCAACCUGGUGGACUUCAUGAACCCCAGCGUCAUGCGACAGGUGUUCCUGGGCAAUCCAGACAAGUGCCCUGUGCAGCAGGCCAGCAUUUUGUGUAACUGCGUUCUGACCCCUCGGGAGAGCUCCCAAGAGCUGGCCAGGCUAGAGGCCAUCACCCAAGCCUACCAGAGCAGCAUGCGUGAACUGGUGGAGUCAGGCCGCUAUGACACAAGGGAGGACUUCUCCGUGGUACUGCAGCCUUUCUUCCGCAACAUCCGGCUCCCCGUCCUGGCGGAUGGGCACCUGGAUAUAUCCUUCUUCGCCCCAGACUGUAUCCACCCAAGUCAGAAAUUCCACUCCCAGCUCUCCAGAGCCCUUUGGGCCAAUAUGCUUGAGCCACUAGGAAGGAAAACAGAUACCCUGGACCUGAUGGCAAAUAUAUCCCUCUCCUGCCCUCCUCAGAAUGAGCCCUUCCUGAGAACUCCCCGGAACAGCAACUACACCUACCCCACCAAGCCGGCCAUUGAGAACUGGGGCAGUGACUUCCUGUGUACAGAGUGGAAUCCUUCCAACAGCGUCCCCACCUCAGUCCAUGAGCUCCGGCCAGGAGACAUCAAAGUGGUGGCCGCGAUGGGCGACUCAUUGACUACAGCAUUGGGAGCCAGACCAAGCAACUCCAGCGACCUACCCAUGUCCUGGAGAGGAGUCUCCUGGAGCAUUGGAGGGGACGGCAUCUUGGACACCCACACCACACUGCCCAACAUUCUGAAGAAGUUCAACCCUCACAUCCUUGGGUUCUCCACCGGUACCCUGGAGGAGACAGCGGGACUGAACGUGGCCGUGGAAGGAGCCAGAGCUAGGGACAUGCCGACGCAGGCCCGGGACCUGGUGGAGCGAAUGAAAAACAACCCUGAAAUUGAUCUAGAGAAUGACUGGAAGCUGAUCACACUCUUCAUUGGGAGCAACGACAUGUGUCAUUACUGUGAGAAUCAGGAGGCCCACUCAGCUGGGGAGUACAUUCGGCACAUCCAACAGGCCCUGGACAUCUUCUAUGAGGAGCUUCCAAGGGCUUUCAUCAACGUGGUGGAGGUCAUGGAGUUGGCUGGCCUGCACCAGGGCCAAGGUGGGAAAUGCGACCUGCCGCUGGCCGCUCAGAGCAACUGCACUUGCCUCACACGUUCCCAGGAGAAUUCUCUGGAGAUGCAAGAACUGAAGAAAAUGAACUGGAACUUCCAGAGUGGCAUCUCCAGGUUGUCAUACUGGCACCAGUACCUGCAGCGUGAAGAUUUCGCAGUGGUCGUACAGCCUUUCUUCCAGAACACUCUUGUCCCCCUGAACAGCAGAGGGGGCGCUGACCUCACCUUCUUCUCCGAGGACUGUUUCCACUUCUCAGAACGUGGUCACGCAGAGAUGGCCAUCGCGCUCUGGAACAACAUGCUGGAGCCAGUGGGCCAUAAGACAACCUCCAACAACUUCACCCACAGCCGAACCAAACUCAAAUGCCCCUCUCCUGAGAGCCCUUACCUCCACACCCUGAGGAAUAGUCAGCUACUCCAAGACCAUUCUGAAACAGGCCCCACGGUGCUGUCCUGGGCCUUGCCUGUGGCGGCCGGAGGUGGCCUUGCACUUGGUGUCGGCGCGGUGAUGGCAUGGAGAGCCAUAGGAGGUCGCCAGCGGGAAAAUCCUCCAAUGAGCCUCAACACUAUGAGAUUCUAGGCCUCCAGCCAUGGGCAUGCACUCAUCCCCAAUUCCCCAGCCAUACUCCUCACCAGCCGUCUACCUCAGCCACCUUGGCCACCAGAGAGCAUUUGCUUCGUCACCUGGUGACAUAGGAAGCCAAAGGGACAGUCACGACUCCUUGGGGCCUGGAGCCUGUGCUCCUGGAAUUGCCUAAUUUAAAUAAAGGCCAAAGUCAUUCUA